CAACACAAACUUAUUCUAGCAAGAGCCGAGCUCACACACUUCUCUACCCAAACGUGAACUUUAUAUAGAAAGUAGGUGGCGCACACUGGUGAUUAAAUAUAAUUAAGGGUUUAUCAUCAACUUCCCAGACUUGAACAAAAAUUUAAACAAUGCAGAGCUGUUGCUUCGUGAGCUUGAUUCUACUUCAGAGCAGCAUCAGUAUGGAAGUGCUUCUAUGAAAUACAUGUAAGAAAUGCGGGAAGAAAAAAAUUUCUCCUACAAAUGUGAAUUUGAUGAAGAGUUUAAGUUCAUCCUUCUUCCAACGUCCUAUGGCAUUGUGUUCUGUCUCGGACUUGUCCUUAAUGUUCUGGCUCUUUACAUUUUUAUAUUUAAAAUACGACCAUGGAAGGUCAUCAACGUAUUUAUGUUCAACUUGGCAGUAUCAGACUUGAUAUAUGUCUUGUCGCUUCCUCUGCUUAUACACUAUUACUCAAAGGAAAACAAUUGGCCAUUCGGCAUGGUCUUGUGUAAAAUAGUUCGCUUCCUGUUCUACACCAGCCUCUACUGCAGUAUCCACUUUCUGCUGUGCAUAAGCAUCUGCCGCUUUUUAGCUGUCUGCUAUCCAAUCAAGUUUAUAAUCUGGUGCCAAAUACGCUAUGCAAGGAUCAUUGCCAUCGGUAUCUGGGUUGUUAUAAUUGGUAUAGAGUCUCCAAUUCUGUACUUUGUAACUACCAGUAAUAUUGAUAAUGAUAUUGUCUGCCAUGACACUUCCAAUCCCGAUUUGUUUGACCAAUUUAUCAUCUACAGCACAGUAAACCUGGUUUUGCUUUUCUGUGUGCCCUUCAUCAUCCUAUUGGUUUGCUACGGCUUAAUGGCUUACGCUCUGUGGAAACCCGCCACGGCCACCUCCCAGAAUUCUGAAUCCAAGAAGAAAUCCAUUAAAAUGAUCAUUAUUGUGUUACUAGUCUUCAUUAUUUGCUUUUUACCAUUCCACGUGACACGCACUAUGUACUAUUAUUUUCGUAAGAUGGAUUUGGACUGCUUUACCCUAAAUGCUAUCAACAUUGCUUACAAGGUCACUAGGCCUUUAGCCAGUGCAAACAGCUUUAUUGAUCCAAUUUUGUACUUUUUGGUUUGGAGAUUUCGGCUCAGAGUUACCAGAUGAGAAGACUCAACAGACCCCUUCUCAACUUAACUAAGCAUGAUACUCAAUAGCACCGACCCCUAGAGUGUUAUGUGGGGUCAAAUAUUAUGCUGCUAUUGUGAAUGCUUCUAUGAAGUCCUGGUCUAACUAUGUUACUGUGAAUAAGUGUAUUAUAAAUACAACUUUAUAUGUUGCUCAAUCAUGAAUCAUGGUCACAAAAUGUCUAACUAGAUGAAGGAAUCUGUGCUAGUUAUGCUAUAAUGCUGUUGCUCCUUUGCAGUAUUUUUGCAAUGAUUAUAUACUGUAGAAAAGCUUACACUGACUUAAAGGGAAAGUCUACACCAGAAUUGUUAUUGUUUUAAAAGAUAGAUAAUCCCUUUAUUACCCAUUCCCUAGUUUUGCAUAACCAACACAGUUAUAUUAAUAUCAAUAUACUUUUUACCUCUGUGAUUACCUUGUAUCGAAGCCUCUGCAAACUGCCCCCUUAUAUCAGUUCUUUUGACAGACAUGCAUUUUAGCCAAUCAGUGCUGACUCCUAGGUAACUCCACUUGCGUGAGCACACUGUAACCUAUGUGACACACAUAAACUAACACCCUCUAGUGGUGAAAAACUGUCAAAAUGCAUUCACAUAAAAGGUGGUCUUCAAGGUCUAAGAAAUUAGCAUAUGGACCUCCAAGGUUUAGCGUUCAACUAAGAAUACCAAGAGGACAAAGCAAAAUUGGUGAUAAAUGUAAAUUGGGAAGUUGUUUAAAAUGACAUGCCCUAUCUAAAUCUUGAAAGAUUAUUUUGGACUAGACUGUCCAUUUAAAUGAUUGGAUUCCAAAAAAUAAAAACUCACAGUGGUUUUUUGUGCAGUGGAAUGACUGACAGGUGCCAAAGGGCUGAGUAUUAAAGGGAGAUUACACACAUACUUCACAGUUUUUACUAUGCACUGUUCUGUGCAUAUGCUCUGUGCAACUGUGUUUAAGUACUGCGCCAGCUCAGAGAGCAUAUACCAAACUGGUGAUUACUCAGUUUACAUCAUUACUGAAAAAUAAAUGUCACUGCCAACUCUCUGUGCGCAGUGUUUAACUGAGGGAGCACAAGGCAUAUGUACAUAUGCUCACAAUAAAAGCUAUCACAUACAUAUACAUAAAUAAUGCAAAAAUACUUAUUUUUAUUCAUGUGCAUUUUAAAGGGAUGUGAAACAAUAAAUACACGCUAGACACAAUGAUGUAUUCAAAGCAAAGAUUAUUUUACAAUUACAGUAGUUGUUUAAAUAGUGAAAAUAUAAGUGUAAAGGUUUAGUUUCUAUACAGUAUUAUUAUUAUUAUACUUUAUUUAUGAAGCGCCAACAUAUUCCACAGCGCUGUCCAUGGGCACAAUUCAAAAAAUAAAACUUGUAAGAGACAGGACAAAAUGUGAGGGAUUGAGGGCCCUAUUCCCGUGGGAACUUACAAUCUAGACGGGUAGGAGGUUGAGAAACAGGAGGUGAGGACUGCAAGAGUGAGAAAGAUGUUAAUACAGAGUUAGAUGAGGGAAAUGUUAGGUAAGUGAAAUUAAUUUAUUAUUGAGUUGGGUGGUAGGCUUCUCUGAACAAAAAAGUCUUCAGGGAGCAUUUAAAGGAAGAAAGAUUAGGGCAAAGCCUGACAGCAUGAGGGAGAGUGUUCCAGAGGGUAGGUGCUGCACGACAGAAGUCCUGCAGUCUAGCAUGAGAGGAGGUGAUAGUUGCGGAUGCAAGGAGCAGGUCAUUGUUGGAUCUUAGUGGACGGGCUGGAGUAUACUUGUUGAUAAGAGAGGAUAGGUAAAGGGGAGCGGCAUUGGUGAGAGCUUUGUAUGUAAGGGUGAGAAUUUUUAAUUUAAUUCUGCUGUGAAUGGAGAGCCAAUUAAGGGACUCGCAGAGAGGUGCAGCAGAUACAGAGCGAUGGGAAAUGUGGAUUAGCCUGGCAGAGGCAUUUAGGAUGGAUUAAAGGUGGGAGACGCGGGAAAGAGGAAGGCCAGUAAGUAGGUUAUUGCAGUAGUCAAGUCGGGAAAUCACAAGGGAGUGGAUUAUUUGCUUUGGGGUGUUAGAGCUCAGAAAAGGACGAAUCUUGGAAUUAUUUCUAGGUGGUUGCGGCAGGAUGAAGAAAGCGAUUGGAUGUUGGGGAUGAAGGAUAGAUUUGAGUCAAGUGUAACUCCGAGACAGGAGACUUGGGCGCUAGGGAGAUGGUAAUGCCAACAAAAAGGAUAGAAAAGUCAGAAGUCAGCGUAGAGCUAGAGGGGGGAUUAGAAGGAGCUCAAUCUUGGACAUGUUAAUCUUUAGGUGGUGAAAGGCCAUCCAGGAAGAAAUACCAGAUAAGCAUUAGCUGACAUGAGAAAGGACAGAGGGAGCGAGAGCAGGGGUGGAGAGGUAGAUCUGGGUGUCAUCAGCAUAGAGGUGAUAUUUGAAGCCAUAACUGUUGAUAAGUUAACCCAGUGAAGAAGUAUAAAUGGAGAAGAGUAGAGGACCCAGAACAGAUUCUUGAGGUACUCCAACAGACAGAGGCAUUGGAGAGGAGAAGUCACCAGCAAAUGACACAGAAAAAGACCUGUGAGAAAGAUACAAGUGAAUCCAAGAAAGAGCAGUGUCACAGAGGCCAAAAGUGCCAAGUAAGAUAAGUAGUGGCCAUUACUUUUAGCAGAAAGAAGACUGUUAGUAACCUUGGUAAGGGUAGUUGAGUGUUUGGGGUGGAAUCCAGAUUACAGGGGUUAAGCAAGGAGUUGGUGGACAGGAAGUGGGUUAGGCGGUUGUGAUGUUAGUGGAAGCAGUGAUAUGGGGCGGUAGCUUUUUAGGAGAACUAGGGUCAAGGGAUUUUUUUUGCACAUGGCAGUGACCUUUGAAUGUUUGAAAGAAGAUGGGAAUGAACCAGUAGAAAGAGAUAGGUUAAAGAUAUGAGUAAGAGCAGGAGUGAGGGUGAAAGACAGGGAGGGUAUUAGGUGGGAAGGGAUAGGUUCAAGUGGGCAGGUAGUGAGGCACGAGGAAGAUAGCAAAGAACAAACUUAAUUCUCAGUGGCUGGAUGGAAGAUGCAGAGGGAGUAACCGGCCUGGAGUUGGAAGAUUGCAGGUUGGUGUUGUCAUGUUACUUCGGAUAGUACGUGUUUUGUUUAAAAAGUAGUCUGCCAGGUCUUGAGCACUAAAGACAGAAAACGGGGGGAGGGGGAGUUAGAACGGGAGGGUAGAGGAGAGAGUUAAAGGUGGAGAAGAGUCGUUUAGGGUUUGAGAAAAGAGUGGAUAUGAGAUACUUUAAAUAAAGUAAUGGGCGCUGACAUAGUUUAACUAGUUUUUUUUAUAUUAUCUCUGUUUGUGCAAACAACGCUAUGUAGAAACCCUUUUAGAUUAACCUAUGUUCCAUACAGCCUUGUUUGGACAGUCUCUUUUAUUGCCUAUUUUAUAUCUAUCCUUAAUUGUCUUCACCACGAGAAACAGACAAAAGGCAACUUAAGUUCAAACAUAGCAGCACCCAUUACUUUAUAGAAACUCAAUGGAAUUUAGAAAACGGAUAACGGGAAGUAUAUUGCAAAGUUUUAUAACAACACAUAAUUAAACCUUUUAUAUUACAAAGUUAUACUGUUUAAAGGGCCAUAAACACAACUUUUUUUCUCAUUAUUUCUAUAGAACAUGCAACUUUCUAAUUUACUUCUAUUAUCUAAUUUAUUUAUUCUGUUUGUAUCAUUUGUGUAAAAGCAUACCUUGGUAGUCUCAGUAGCAGCAAUGCACUACUGGGAGCUAGCUGCUGAUUGGUGACUGAUUGGUGGCUGCACAUAUAUGCCUCUUCUUAUUGGCUCACCUGAUAUGUUAAGAUCGUUCCAGUAAUGCAUUGCUGCUCCUUCAACAAAGGAUACCAAGAGAAUGAAGCAAAUUAGAUGAAAUAAGUAAAUUGUAAAGUUGCUUAAAAUUGUAUACUCUAUCUGAAUCAUGAAAUAAAAUUUUGGGGUUUCAUGUACCUUUAAUAUCCCUUUAAAUAUAAAUUGCAAACUAACUGUAAGUAUCUUUUUUUCUUUGCAAAUGCUUGUCAAAAAUUCUGCAGAAAAAGGGGUUUUGAUAAAUGAGAGCAAUGAAGUGAAAAAUCAAAGUCAACCAAAUGCUGGAACUCUUAGCCUAAGGAGGUAGUGAAUGCCAAUACCAUAAAUAACUUAAAAAGGGACUUAGAAAUAGUCUUGGCUAAAAACAAAAUAUAAUGUUAUAUGAUUCCUGGUGUUAAAGGGACAUUCAAUACUUUGAGGUAAUAAAAUUUUUUUUAUUAUACUGUAUUGUUUUGUCCCAUCUUCUUGUAAUUUUGUUCGAAAAAUAUAUGUGUUUUCCGAUUCCUGUUAGAGAUGGAAGUGCAGAAUUCAGAAAUUACACUGCUAUAUUCCACAUAGUCAUUGGAUGCCCACUCUGAAACCACAUUUAUAAUGAUCUCUAAUUUGGCCUCAGAAAAGAAUGAAACCUAGGUUAUAAUAUGGAGCCCAUUGUUUUACGAACAAUAAAACGUUACACAUUUCUUUCAAUAGAUACACAACCAAUAUAACUUUUAAAAAAGCAUCUGAGUACUAUUUUAAUGCUAGUAUUUGUUUUUAAUACAUUAUUCUAUUUAGCAUUUAUUAAGUAUUUAACAAGUGAACUUUUUUUGCAUGUAAUUUUGCCAGUCCACUUGGCAGAGUAUUUAGUAUAUAAAAAAAGGAUCUACGUUUGUACUCAAUGUGCUUUUUGUUUUUUUUUUCAAUCUCAGCUAUGUUAAUGUGUUACCAUGAUAAAUUCUUCUAAAGCCUAAACAUAUAACACUAUGAAACAGAGCUCAAUUCAUUAAAAAAAAAAGAUUGUCAUGCUUGGAGAGAAAUUGUAUUGUAGACUUCACACUGAAUGAUCUAAGAAAAAGGGCUCAACUCCCCAGCACUGUGAGAUCUCUCUCAUUUAUGUAUGUGAAGGAGAGACAAGCCCAGUACAAUAUAGCAUUACAUGAUAUGAGAGUUUUGUUACACUAACACUUUGUGCAAUGUAUUUAAUAUUACUAUACACUUCAGAUUGGGUCAUUUCAGUAUAAUUACAUUCAAGCUUUGCACUUUCAAUUUUAAAUUUUAAUAAAUUUAGCUUUAGAUCCACCAGUGAUUUUACAAGUUCUGAUUAUGUUUUGAAAGUUUCUGUGUUACUUUAACAAAUUAGUAGCAUACUUUGUAUAUUUCUGUGUAUCUUUUACAACUUACAUUACACUUGAAUUUUCUCUAUUGUAAAAUAAAACACAGCUUCAGAAAGUGGGAGAAGCAGUACCCAGGGUAUGUCUGAAGCACUGUCAAGUCUGUGAGACUGUAAAAUUCUGUAAGCAUUUUAAACAAGCUAGGCAACUGAUUUUUCCCACCAGCUGUAUGCCGGUGAAGUUUGCCAAGAAUUCACUUAUUUCACUGACAGAAAAGUAAAAUAUACACAGUGGCCAUAUUGCCGCUUUAAAACAGGACACUUAUGAAAAAUACAUAUGUCAGGGCUGUUUAAAGAAAUGCUUUGAAUAGUGUUCAAUUAUAAGAACCCUGACAUAUGUACUUUUCAUAUAUGUCCUGUUUUAAAGUGGCAAUAUGGCCACCCUAAAUAUAUACUAAACUACAGGCAAAAGCAAGUUAAAUUGUAGUGAAAGCAUUUCAAUUACAUUUGUAAUUGAUGCAAUCUUAGCCUUUAUAUUAGUCCCAGGUGUUCUGUAUCCGAGGCAGCUUCAUUACUUUUUAUGGAAGGCAUCUCUCAUGUCUUUGGAACCUCCAGGUUUCCACCCUUUUUAUUAUAGCAUUCACUGAGUUCAGAAGUCUAUACUAUAGUUUCUCUCAAAACUAGAGACUCUUUGCUUAUCAGGCCCAUACAAACUAAUGAAGUUUCAUGGGAAAUUGAAGCUGUCUGUUUUUUAAUUUUAUUUUAAUAGAAGAAAUACAAAGGGCAAUGUAAUUUGUAAAAGAUACAUAUACAUAUACAAAGUAUGAUCACAAUUUGUUAAAGUUACACAGAAAUGGUGAAAGCAUAUCCAGAAUGUGUAAAUUCCUAAAUACACUACUGUAUACAAGAUAAAAUACAAAAUAAAAGUGCAAAGUUUAAAUGUAAUAAAACUUAAUCUGAAGUGUAAAGUAAUAUAAAAUAGACACAACGUGUAAAUGCAGUAGAAUUGUCAUGUUAAGCAGUGCUUUAUUGCACUGGGCUUGUCUCUCCUUCACAUACAGAAAUGCAGGGAACACCACUUAGAGAAGUAAAGCAAACUCAGCCUUUUGAGAAUUUCACUAGAGAUCUUGCAGUGCUGGAGGAUCAUUUUAGAUCAUCUUUCCUGAGCGGAGAGGUUUAGAUAAUCAGGCCCUGAAUGAGAUGAAAUUUGGUUUAUUUCAUUCAUUCAUUUAUUUAUUUGUUUUUAACUUGGGUGCCAGUACUUGAUAGUCUUUUUCCUGAAGAUUGUGACUCAUUUUAAAUCUAGAUAUAAUAUAUUUUUUAGGUUUGUUGUUUUUUGUUGUUGUUUUUUGUUUAUUAAAGCAUUUGUUUUUACAAAAUUUAAUUAUAGCUUAUAGAAAUUAAAGGGAUAGGAAAGUCAAAAUUAAACUUGCAUGAUUCAGAUAGAGCAUGUCAUUUUAAGACACUUUUAAAUUUACUUCUAUUUUCAAAUGUGCUUUGUUCUCUUAGUAUCCCUUGUUAAAAAAUGAAUAGGCAGAUACCAUACACUAGUGGGAGCUGCUGCUAAUCGGUGCCUGCACACAUUUGUCUCUUGUGAUUGGCUAAAUAGAUAUUUUCAGCUUCCUGUCAGUAGUGCAAUGCUGUCCCUUCAGCAAUGGAUAGCAAGAGAAUGAAGAACAUUUGAUAAUAGAAUUAAAUUGGAAAGUUGUUGAAAAGUAUAUGUUCUAUCUGAAUCAUAAAAGAAAAAUUUGGGGUUUACUAUCCCUUUAAGGCACUUUAGAGUCAUUUUACCAUUGAUAUAUUUUAUUGUAUUAUUUUAUGUGCUGAUUCGUUUCUAUAAAGUUUUUGCCUGAAUAUGUUACUUAAAUAAAGUUAUAAAUUAU